AUGUCUUUGGGCGAGUCAAAGGCACGAAGACGCCUCCUCCCGCCCAGCUCGCGGCUUUCUGGCGGGGGAGGGGUGGGGGUGCAGAACGCCUGGGGACGCCCUGAACCCCGCCACUCGCUCAGUCGCCCCUUCUGUGGCACAUGCGGCCGCCUGCAGGCAAGGCAGCGGGUGGCCCGCGAGGACCCAGCCGACCUUUCCGGUCCUGGGAAACGCCCCGUGGAGCGAGCGGAAAGUUCAAGCCUUCCGCCGCCCUUGAGUCCCAAUGCGUCCCGCGCGCCCCCAGGCCCUCCGCCGCCCCCGCGCCCCCGCAGCCCCCCGUGGUCGCCGUGCGCCCUUGGCCCCGCGCCCUCGUGCCCCCGCCGCGACCCUCCUGGACCCCCCGCGGCCCCGGCCCUGCUGUGCUCCCGAAGUGCGGGUGGCUGCUGCGUUCCCGUGUACCGUCGUCCCCGAUACAGCAGUGCGGCCGUGGCAGAAUCGCAGCCCGCGUGUGGCGGUCUCACCGAUGAGGCCGCCCUCGGCUGCUGCUCCGACCCGGACCCCAGCACCAAGGAUUUUCUCCUGCAGCAGACCAUGCUGCGAAUUAAGGAUCCUAAGAAGUCACUGGAUUUUUACACUAGAAUUCUUGGAAUGAUGCUACUCCAAAAAUUAGAUUUUCCCACUAUGAAAUUUUCACUCUAUUUCUUGCCUUAUGAGGAUAAAAAUGACAUCCCAAAAGAUAAAGAUGAAAGAAUAGCAUGGGCAGUCUCCAGAAAAGCUACACUUGAGCUGACACACAAUUGGGGCACUGAAGAUGAUGAGACCCAGAGUUACCACAGUGGCCAUUCAGACCCUCGGGGAUUUGGUCACAUUGGAAUUGCUGUUCCUGACGUUCACGGUGCUUGUAAAAGAUUUGAAGAACUGGGAGUCAAAUUUGUGAAGAAACCUGAUGACGGCAGAAUGAAAGGCCUGGCAUUUAUUCAAGAUCCUGAUGGCUACUGGAUUGAAAUUUUGAAUCCUAACAAAAUGAUAACUAUUAUUUAGUUCUGUGAGAAUGCUGCUUUGAGAUUUCAGUGAAGACAUUUUGGAAGGUAAAAAAGAAAACAAUGUGAUUCAAACUAUUCAGAUAACAGAAGCUCCUAGGACUGAUUGGUCAUCGUCCCAACUGAAAUUAUUCUUAAGUCCAUUUACCUUUCCUG